AUGGCUGCGGCCAGCUUGACAUGGGGUCGCGGGUGAGGAAAGGAGGCGAAGGUUUCCCUAGGCUAUGCCCUUGAUCCCCUCAGCGAUGGCGCUACGGUCACGGUUCUGGGAGCUGUCGGUUUGCAGGAACUUCGGGCGUGGGGUCGCCGCGCUCUCCACCGGUUCCAGGCCAGAGGUAAAGCCGGAAGUAGACCCUCUGGGAAAUGAAGCCGUUGCCCCCGAGUUCACCAACCGGAACCCCCGGAAUCUGGAGCUCUUAGCGGUGGCCAGGAAAGAGAGGGGUUGGGGGACAGUGUGGCCCUCCCGUGAGUUCUGGCACAGGUUGCGAGUUAUAAGGACUCAGCAUCAUAUAGAAGCACUGGUUGAGCAUCGAAGUGGCCAGGUUGUGGUUUCUGCAUCCACACGUGAAUGGGCUAUUAAAAAGCACCUUUAUAGGACCAGAAAUGUGGUGGCAUGUGAGAGUAUAGGACGGGUGCUGGCGGAACGAUGCUUAGAGGCAGGAAUCAACUUCAUGGUCUACCAACCAACUCCUUGGGAGGCAGCCUCAGACUCGAUAAAACGACUACAGAGUGCUAUGGCAGAAGGUGGUGUGGUGCUACAGGAGCCUCGGCGAAUUUAUGAAUGAAAUAGGAGCAUUGUUUGGAACUUGUAAAUAUCAAGCUGUCGGCUACUUCAUCCAUCAGAAGAGGGCACCUGGAAGAACUGCCAACUUGGAAGUUUAUGCAGUAAUGUAACUGCAGAAUAUUGUUAGCAGUUACGAUCAUCCCCUUCUCCCCUUGUGUGUGGGAACUAAAGUCUUCCGCUCUCUUGGACAUGAGGGAAGAGUCUGAGAAAAGCUGUCACCAAUUACAAUUAACGUUUGAAGGACAAAUGAAAUGUUAAGAAUAAAGGCAUAGUAUGAACUUUUAA